AUGGCAGGAAUACCUCGAGCAGCGCCAGCUGUAAACAAAAGGACGAAUACUAUGCGACCUCCACCAAGACCUUCAAGUUCUCUGGCUCCUAGACCCUCAAGUUCUCUAGCACCAAGACCUUCUAGUUCAAGAACAAUCUCCGCAAUGCCACCGCCGUCGAGAUUUGGUCCAGUAUCACCAACAGGAUCCGUCGCAUCGGUUGCAACAUCUACAACAGGAACGAAGAGGAAAGAGAGAGAUUUUGAACACGAUGGAGGUGGAGAAACAAAUAUCAACGUCGUGGUACGAUGUAGAGGUCGAAAUGAGCGCGAAGUCAGAGAAAACAGUGGAGUUGUACUUUCAACAGAGGGAGUAAAGGGCAAGAAUCUUGAUUUAUCCAUGGGACCUAGCGCGCUCAGCAAUAAGAGCUACCAAUUCGAUAAAGUCUUUUCAUCUGCUGCAGAUCAAGCAAUGAUGUUCGAUGAUGUUGUAACUCCAAUUCUUGACGAGAUGCUUGCGGGAUAUAAUUGUACGAUAUUCGCAUACGGUCAAACUGGAACUGGAAAAACAUAUACGAUGUCUGGAGAUAUGAGCGAUCAUUUUGGAAUCCUUUCAGAUAACGCUGGAAUCAUACCUCGUGCCCUUCACGCCUUGUUCAACAAACUCGCAUUAGACGAUGCAGAAUCCUCGGUGAAGUGUUCAUUCAUCGAACUCUAUAAUGAAGAGCUGCGUGACUUGAUAUCGGUGGACGAUAAGACAAAAUUGAAGAUUUACGAUGAUACCAGUAAGAAGGGAAGCUCCAGUACAAUUGUCCAGGGCAUGGAGGAAUCGCAUAUCAAAACUGCUGGGGAUGGUAUUAAGAUUCUACAAGAGGGAUCCUUCAAACGACAGGUUGCAGCAACCAAAUGUAACGACCUCAGUAGUAGAAGUCACACGGUCUUCACAGUCACUGCCUACAUCAAAAGGACAGCUGAAAAUGGGGAGGAUUAUGUUAGCGCUGGCAAAUUGAACUUGGUUGAUUUGGCAGGAAGUGAAAACAUUCAACGCAGUGGUGCCGAGAACAAGAGAGCUGCUGAGGCUGGUUUGAUCAACAAGAGUUUAUUGACUCUUGGUCGUGUCAUAAAUGCUCUGGUGGAUCGAAGUUCUCGUGAAGUUCAUAUUCCUUAUCGUGAAUCCAAACUCACUCGUCUUCUUCAAGAUUCAUUAGGUGGACGAACGAAAACAUGCAUCAUUGCUACAGUUUCCCCUGCUAAAAGUAACUUGGAGGAGACAAUUUCGACGUUGGAUUAUGCAUUCAGAGCCAAGAACAUUCGCAAUAAACCUCAGGUCAAUCAAAUGGUCAACAAAAAGACACUCCUUAAGGAAUUCACAUACGAAAUCGAGAAACUCAAGGGCGAACUUAUUGCCGCUAGGCAGCGAAAUGGAGUAUAUCUUACCAAUGAGAAUUACGAGGAGAUCACAGUCGAAAGUGAAUCGCGAAGGAUACUCAGUGAAGAACAAGGAGCGAAAAUCGAGACUAUGGAAACGAAUCUCCGAAAUAAGGUCCAGGAAUUGUACUCUUUAACUUCCAACUUCAUGACUAUCAAGAGAAAAGUCGAGAUCGCAGAAUCAGUGUUAGAUGAGACAAAGGGUGUCCUAGAGCAAACAGAAUCGGUACUCGAAAAUACUCGCCGGACUUUAGAGGAAGAAUCUGUUCUUCGAAAAGCUCACCAGGACACCGAAAAACAACUAAGUAUUAUUGGUGAUGAGCUUCUUCAUACUUUGGGACGCACAGUAAACGACGUUAGCGGUCUUCAUGAUAAGAACCGGCGGAAGUCAGCCCUUCAGACUCUGAAUCGAAAUGCCUGGGGCCUUUCACAGGCCCAGGUCUCUGAGGUAACGAAUCUCGUUGAAUCGCGGGUCGAAGGAUUCCGAGUUCAGCAACAAGAACUUAUGGCCGCCGUCUCAGGCCGAAUGCAAUCAUUCGUGGAUGGCGAACUGGAAAGGUUGGCGGCAACACAAGCAUUCCUGGAGGAGAACGUUGUCGCUUUUGAAAACUCCGGAAAGGAGGUGACCGAGCAGACGGAUUCGGCCAAGGAAAAGACGAACGCAGUUUUGGAGGAGAUUAAAACUCUUCGGGCAGAUGUCAAGGCUCGAGUAGGAGAGGGUCUCCAAGGUUUGGCGGUUGCAGCCGAAAGAAUUUCUGCAGAGGUUAUCAGUGAGCUUGGUUCAUUUCAUACUCAGCUUCAUGGAUCAUAUAGCUCGCUCGGUCGAGAUUUCAAGUCAAUAUUUGAAGACCUUCUCAAGCACGUCAACGCGCAGAAGGCCGAGGCGAAUGAACUGAGACAGCAACUUCACGCCGCUGGUGAAGCCGCCAUAGAAUCGAAUACCGCCAUUAAUUCAAAACUUGAUGAGGUAAUUCAAGAAGAACGAAAACAAACCGCCGAGGAUCGUCAGAACCUUCUUUCGCAAAUCUCGACUUUGGUGAUGGCCCAAGGUGAAGCUCAAGAUGCACGUCUUGGCAAUAAAAUCGCAGCCGUUCGAACGGAUAUUCAAUCUUCCAACGAGUCAUUCGAAGCAACUCGAGUUCAAUAUAGUCAAGGCAUGGAUGCCUGGAAUGAGAAAGAAGAACGACUCGUCGAGGAAGUCUUGAGAUCUAGAGAGACUUUGAAGACCAAGCUGAAGGAUGACUGGAUGGCUGCUAAUAAACAUAACUCAUCUCUUCAAGCAACAACUAGAUCUGUACAUGAUGAGACCGUUCGUAUUGUCGAUGAACAAAUGAAGGAUAUCAGCACUCAAAUGCAAGCACUCGAUGACUUUGUCACUCGUGCACGAGCGCAAAAUGCGGAACAUCACGAUCUACAUGCGCAAUCGCUUCAAGGUCUAUCAGCUACUGUAAAAUCUUCUUAUGACAACAUCGGUACCCAUUUUGCAUCAACAUACGGUCGCGUUAAAAACCUCGGUGAUGAAAUGGCCUCAAAAACAACAGCCUUGGCCGAGAACCUCGUUCUAUUAGACGACAGCCUUCGCCAACCACUUGCGAACCUCCGCACCAACAUUGCUGGAACGGCUAUACAGGAGUACAAGCCAACAGGAGAGACUCCCCAGAAGGUUCAGUAUCAAUACCCAAUGCAUUUGCCUCGGACUGAAGCGCAUGAAACACUCCUGGCAGCUCUUCGUCGGCCACAAGCCAUGACAUCACCGAGCAAAGUUGUUAUCCCAGUGGUUUACAAUGACUUUACGCCUUCUAGAGAUGACGAGGUAGCUUUUGUUCCUUUCUCUGAACCAGAAAAUAAGCCAACUGGACUUAGGGAGAUCGACGUGAACAUAAACGCCGGAACACUGAACUCGGAGAUCCAAAGCCUAAGCCAAAGCCUGAUGUCAAACGGUUCAGUCAAAUCCAUUGAUUCCGAUGGGUCCACCCCACCUCUCAAGAAACAAGCAACUGGCAAGAUACUAAAGCCAAGAUUAUCGAAAAAGCCGAGUGUAGUUGCUUUAGAGGGAAGAGAAAACGCGAUACCAGGAUCUGAGGUGUUUGCACAGAGCACAGGAAGAAGACGAAGUCCAAGGACAGCAGGAUAA